UAAAUUAAACAUACAUUUGAAUAUUUGAUGAUCAACACAAACAUAACAUCCACAUCUGCACAAAGAUCUUUCAGUUUCGUCGAACACGUUGUGUCACAGAUGUCGACUUCCUUCUUCGUUGGGUUUGGUCUCGUCUGGACCUUUGUCUUUUUAAUUAUCUGGGGGUUUAGAGCAUCUUUAUUGCGAGCAGAAAAGAAUUGCUUAUGGCCUGGGAUCCGACCAAAAAGACAAACAUCGUCGCUUUCGCAUGAAAAAUAAGCACCGAGCUUUCUUUGUUGCUUGUACACUAUUAGUGCACUUUUCAAUUAUUAUUUUUUUUUAUUCAGACCAAAAAAAAAUCUUCUUGUAUUUUGGAUUUUAGGUAUUUUGGUUUUUUUUUUGGUAAAAAUGUAUUUUGGUAUUUAUGUUAAAUUAAUAAGUACAAAAGAACAAACAAAAAAAAUGCAUGCGUGAAAGAAAAAAAAAGAGAGUUCGCUUAUAUUUGUGAAGAUGAAUCAUAUAAAAAAAUUAAAGUCCACCAAACACUUAAAAUGUGAAUUAUAUAGGCUUUAUCGACACAUGCCCAAAUAUCGGCUUUGUCAUGCACAAUAUGUAAUUCUUGAUUUUCGUUCUUAACAAUAAAGACGGACUUUUUUUCCAAAAAAAAAACAACUCUUUGGUCUAAGAAAAGACAAUACGAAACUCUUUGGUCCAAUAAAAAACAAUAUCAAGUCUUCGGAAUCUACUUAUCUGUCUCUCCGUCCAAUAAAAGUAUAAAACACAAUACGAACUCUUCGGUAACGUACACUAAGCUUGGCAUGCAGAACGUGAAUUUAAUAUCUUGUUCAGUUUCUCUAAUUAUUCACCUUUACUUUAAACCAAUCAUGCACGCACACACACUCUUGUUUUACGUUUUUGUAUAAGAACAAAGAGAAACAAUUCACUUCUCAGGGAAACCUACCUCAAGUGUCUCCGCCAUGGAACCACUUCAGAAAAACUUUUCGGAUAUGACCAUUUCUGGAGGCGUUACGGGAUCGACUAGCACACUUCAUCGGAACUCAUUGCCGAUUCUGGAUGAAGUGAUUGCUGAGAUAUUCUCGAGGUUGUCGUCGGAGUCCAUAGCGAGAUGUCGUUGCGUGUGCAAGCUCUGGUCGUCAAUACUUGCCCAUCAAGAUUUCACAGAGUCGUUCUUGACCAAAUCUCGUGCUCGCCCUCAGCUUCUUUUCGCCUGCGAUGCUUUCACAGGGACUUUCUUCUUCUCGUCAGCUCAGCCUGAAAAUCCAAAAGAGAACUCCUAUGUUGUAGCCUCCAAUCAUCUUGCUCGUUUCUCAAUUUCAGAUGAACUCUGUGGUUGUACCAAUGGCUUCUUUUUGUAUGUAUCUAAGAUGAUCUGGAUCCAGAACGAAUUUCAACUUUAUGUCCCAUUGAUGUGCAACCCCAGCACGGGACAGUUUUUAACCUUACCAAAGUUGAAGUCGGGGAAGAGUUGCGGAGUGGAAAACUAUCUUGGAUAUGAACCCAUUGCGAAUGAACUCAAGGUAUUUUCAAUGGAGUUGUCGCGUGUAAACGGUGUUUUAAUCUCAGUGGAGCAUCAAGUUCUGACAACAGAAGCCAAGAUAUUGUCAUGGAGGUGUGUCCAAUGUUGCAUACCACAUUAUGCUUCUCGUAAGUGGAUAUGCAUCAGUGGUGUUAUUUACUACGCAGCUUCAUCCCACAGUUAUUCCUUGAUUUCCAUGGUAGCUUGUUUUGAUUUGAGGUCUGAGAAGCUCAGCUUUAUCAAAUUCAUGGAAACUUUCAGUAAAGAAAUGCAUCAUUCAGCUACAAUAGUAAACUACAACGGCAAGUUAGGUUUGCUUAUGUCGAGGGAUUAUGGUCUUGUUCAUCGAGCAAAUGCAAGUUUUGAGCUGUGGGUUCUUCAAGACGCUGCAAAACAUGAGUGGUCCAAGCUUGUCUUUGUAUUACCUCCUUUGUGGAAGGAUGUAGUUGUGGACACCAUGUGUAUCUCUGGAAUGGUUGGUACAAAUGAAAUCGUGUGAAGCCAUUUGGGUUGAUUGAGCCUGAAGAGUUUUGGGUUUAGAUUUGAACCAUUUAGGGAUUAGAUAUGAAAGGUUUGGCGUUUAAUCUGUAUUGAUUUUGGUUAAUGGUUUUGUGUUAGUAAGUUAAAUGGUAGCAAUUUUUUUUGGAUCCACAUAUCUUAUUGCCCUGAUAUGAUUAUACGUAACCGGUUAGAUAGCAAAAUACGGAUAUAAAUAACUGUUGACCAGAUAUAAUUAUUUGUAACUGGUUAGAAAACUUAAAAUACGGUUAUUUUCUGGUAAACUGGUAUGUAAUUACCAUUGUCAAAGGAAACCGUAUAAAGGCAUUUGGGUUGAUUGAAACCAAAGGGUUUAGGGUAAAGAUUUGAACCAUUUAUGGAUCUGAGAAUGACUCUCUGGUUACUUGAUUUUAUAAAGUCGAAGAGAAAGAAGCUUAAGCCUCUCUCCUGCUUAUAUUUUUUUGUAUGUAAAGUCGGCAAAUCUUAAGCGUGGAUACGUUAUUUAAUGCGUCGAUUUGCUCAGAAAAUAUAUGGUCCAGAUUUAAGUUUGCCCAGAAAAUCUAAAAAAAAUAUUUACCAAAUCUAUUGCAAAUCUACGAAAUACAGCCUAAGAUCCUAGAGGGCUAUAACAAAACUCAUCUAUCAGAUUUGCAAAAGGGCAGAUAUGUAUAUUUACUCCACUUCAAUUCACUAUUUGGCAUUCUCAUGGCAUAUACCUAAUUUGACCAUUCUUUUUGGAUUUUCGGCCAAUUGACUCUUAAAAAUAUAACUUUCAGUUAACUAAUUUUUUAUUUUUAAUAGAUUGAAUGGUUAAUAGAUUUAGACAUAAAAAAUAAAACUAGAAAGACAUUAAUUUAGUUAUUUUAAAAAAAAAAUUUAUAUAAUUUUUUGUUAAUUUUUUAAAUAAAAAACUUGACAUGCAUUU